AAACGAGUCCGUGGAACCACCUUUACACUCGCCAAGUGCCCCAAGCUGCGCCCACCCUGCAGGCUGCAGAUAAGGCUCUCCGCUUCCGGCAUCCGGCCUUCCGCCUCCGCAGUCCGCACCCUCCCUCUAUCCUCUCCGGGUCCGGGACGCCCAGUCCACUUCAGCUCGGUCCGACACCGCGACUCCACCGCCGGCGCCGCGCGGAGCCAAGCCGAGACCGGAGCCAAUGGUGGCUCCCGCGACGCUCUCCCUCCGCCCCUGCGCGGCCCCCGCGCCGCCCCGCACCGCGCUGCCCCGCUCCCGCGCCUGCUUCGCGCCCGGCACCCGUCCGUCCCCUUCCGUCGCCGUCUCCCACCCGCCGCGGCACUUUGGUAGUCUCCGCCGAGCCGUCGCCGUCGACUCCGAGCAGCAAGGCUCCCACGAGCCUCCCGAGCAGGAGAAGAAGCCCAAGACGUACUACUUCCUGGUGGCGAACGCCAAGUUCAUGCUGGACGAGGAGGAGCACUUCCAGGAGCAGCUCGCCGAGAAGCUGCGCAACUACGCCGAGCGCGAUAUAGAGCGCGACUUCUGGCUCGUCAUCGAGCCCAAGUUCCUGGACAGGUUCCCCAACAUCACUAAGCGCCUCAAGCGCCCCGCCGUCGCGCUUGUCUCCAACGACGGCAACUGGAUCACUUUCAUGAAGUUAAGGCUAGACAGGGUCUUACAAGGCCAGUUCGACGCAGAAUCAGUUGAAGAGGCAUUGGCUUCUAACCCUGUUGAGUUGAAAUUUGACAAGCCUGAGAAAUGGACAGCUCCAUAUCCUAAAUAUGAGUUUGGAUGGUGGAAGCCCUUCUUGCCUCCAAAGUCCAGCAAUGGCACGGCAUAGAGAUAAGCAGCAAUCUGUACGAGGAAUGUAAGAUUUCUUCCAUGUAAGUGAUGAAUGUAAUUUAAUUUUGAUGAUGAGUAUGUAGCACUUGAGGUUGUACGAGUACAGUUAGCUGAAUUAGAUGCAGAGCUUUGGUAAUACCAAAUAAUCACCAAUUUUUUUAGAAAGUCAUGGUUUUGUUA